AUCAUCCAUCCAUCCAUCCUACACACCCCUUUUCUUUUCCUCCCCCUUCUUCCCCUCGCCCGAGGAAACAAGGAAGGAAGGAAGGAAGGAAGGAGUCCACACGCAUCACAGCAGCGCCGGAGCGGAGGGGCGGGGGAUGGCGAUCCUGUACGCGGUGGUGGCGCGGGGCACGGCGGUGCUGGCGGAGCACAGCGCGGCGGCGACCAACGCGGGCGCCGUCGCGCGCCAGGUCCUCGAGCGCCUACCCGACGGCGGCGCCGACAGCCACGUCUCCUACACCCAGGACCGCUACGUCUUCCACGCCAAGCGCACCGACGGCAUCACCGCGCUCUGCAUGGCCGACGACGCCGCCGGACGACGCAUCCCGUUUGCGUUCCUUGAGGAUAUUCAUGGAAGGUUUGUUAAGACAUAUGGCCGUGCUGCACUGACAGCUCUUGCUUAUGCAAUGAAUGAUGAGUUCUCGAGGGUUCUUAGUCAACAAAUGGACUACUAUUCAAAUGACCCUAGUGCAGACAGAAUAAACCGCAUGAGAGGUGAAAUCAGUCAGGUUAGGAGUGUUAUGAUUGAUAAUAUUGAUAAGGUCCUUGAAAGAGGUGAUCGUUUGGACCUGUUGGUUGACAAGACUGCAAAUAUGCAAGGAAAUACAGUUCGAUUUAGGCGACAAGCACGCCGCUACAGAAGCAGUGUUUGGUGGAGAAAUGUCAAACUCACGGCUGCAUUGAUACUCCUCCUCCUGGUAAUAAUAUACAUCGCUCUCUUCUUCGUGUGCCACGGCUUCACCUUGCCGACUUGCAUUCGAUAAGGCCUGGAUACCUCCUGUCUUGCGUUGUGCUUUGUAUGGCUUCGUCUCUCUGAAUAGGAGAGCGACUGUUGCAACACCAUUGCAACCAGUUGUGUCUCAGUUUCAUUUUUCUUUCUUUUUUUCUCUCCUUUUUGUGUGUAGAGAAGGAAUUAAGCUUGCCAUUAUUCUGUAAUUGUGACACUUCUAUUGUGAGGAAUAUUGAAAACGUAAUAUUUGUACCAUAAUCGAGCCCCUUGAAAAUUUGAGUACCGCCAUUUUGAGUUU